CACCGACAAGAUUGUUGUUGAGAUAUCAUGACGUCGGUUUUCUCGGAAUUUAAUUUAAUAAUGUUUUCUUUCUGUAUUUACUUUGAUAACACGAGGAAGGCACUAACUGUUGUGGACUUGCUGUACCUGGAUAUUUUUUUUAAACUGAUAUAUACAUUGAUCGACUUCCGAUUUAAAUCCAGGUUACAAUGUAGUUUAAAAUAGUAUGUUUUGGAGUGUUUUUCGUACAUAUGAACAGGUGUAGAUUAUCCUUGAAGAGAUGGAAAAGACUCUAUGAGAAUUGUUUGUGGCCGGAAGUAUAUUUAAAAUCUAAAGGAAACAUGGACAUGUACACUUGCUUGAUGGUUUUAUUGUAUUGUCAUAUGGCUGCUUCAGCCUGCAAACAAACUUGUUAUUAUUGUGGCUGUAUAAAUGGAAAACCAUGUGCAGAAUCUUGGGCAGAAAGCUGUAGUGUAUUUAUUAACAGUACUGUUAAUAUAACAUGUCAGCUUCAUGAAUCUUAUGGAGAAGCUAAUUCCAGCCAUUUAUACUUCGUACGAGAAGAAAACGAACUAGAAAACGACAAUCUGAUCGUAGUUGAUCAAUCAACAACAGUGUUACAACAUGUUGUUACAGCUGGUGACAUCAGGAAGAAUUUCUGGUGCAAAACAAGAACAGAUUCAGCUUUAAUCCUCGGAAAAAUUGAACUGUUGUAUAUAGAUUAUUAUCCACAAGAAAUAGUAAAUUUCUCAUGUAUUUGGAAGGGUAGGGCGGCAGGUACACUACAGUGCUUCUGGAAACACCCUGUAAACUAUAGCAACUCAUACUUCAUCAAUGUUUCAUUGGAAUGGAAAACAAGAAGCAAUAAACCUUACCAAAACAGUUGUUUUGAGAUACUUGAUUAUACUAGGUGUGAAAACAUAACAGGGAAUAUAUAUGGACCCUCCAGUUUCUUCAGAAUAAAUGUCACAAACACAAGAAUGCAAUUAACAACGACUACAGUGAUACAAGGAGAUUUUAUUGGAGAUUUAUAUGGAAAACCUUAUAAAAUGGAAAAUUUCACGGUUCGGGAAAGAGAUAAAACUGCAAUUGAACUGGCUUGGGACACAAGCGAACAUAACCUGGAAUUUACAAUCCAAUACACCACAAAUAGGACAAAUACGGUGAAAUCAUUUAAUACAUCAGUGCUGAUUGAAGACUUACAAACAUACACUUUGUAUACGUUUGAAGUGUUUGCCCAUUAUACAGACAUAUUUAACCACACAAGACCGAUAGGUUUAUCAAGUGAUUCAGUUUAUCUACAGACAAGAACAGCACAAGAUGUUGCAAAGUUUGCCCCCAAAGUAACUGUGGGAGCUAUUGAAUUUGCAGAAGAUGUUCGGUCAAAAGUUAGAAACAUUACAGUUUAUUGGCAGUUAUGA